AUGGCCACAGCAGCCACAUUCAUUUCUUCCCGGCCUAUUCGAGUACAGCCCAGUCGUUCAACGAGUCGCGAAAAAGUACCAAAUCAACAGCACUACACAUAUCUUGCGCAGCCACAGGAUCCACUCCCUGUCUCAACUCCUGGAACGCCCCCAUUCCCAGCUGAUGGUGCUGGGAUAGGUGCAUGCGAUGUCUGCUAUCAGAAGAGAUCUCUUAGCGCCAUGAAACGAAAUACUAGCAUACGUUGCGCGCGUCAUUCCAACAGCCAGGAAUGUACGUUCUACACAAAUAACCAAGCAGGAAAGCGGAAAUAUGGCAACCCUAGUCCAGAUGCUGCCGAUUGUGUAAAGAGACAAGCAAAGGACAGUUUGCCGUCCCCAGUGUCUGAAAUCAUAACGGACUACCAACAGAGGCCAUUGGUGACUGCCAUUGAUUCAAGGGAGACACCAUCCGCCAACUUUCGCAAUACUAUGGCCGCCGAGAUAGAGCCCCUAUUCGUGGACUUCCUUCCACAGGAUUGGACUAACGAUAGUCAAGUAACAUCAGCUCGGAUUUGGCUAUGCUCACGCGAAGGCUGUUCCAACAGAGAGGAUGCUUCAGUUGUUUCAUUAGAAACCGUCGAAAACCUAGUCACCCCAUUUGGGCCAGCUCUUUUAGACAAAUACUUUAAACAUGUUCAUCCAACACUUCCAAUUAUAGUGGAAGACAGUUUCCGAACUGCAUACAAAGAAAGGAAAGACAUUCCGGCCCUCCUUUUGGGGGCUGUCUACCUCAUUGCCUUGAAAUGGCUAGAGCCUAAGUCCGGGGUACAAACGUUGCGCCCGCCAGAUGCCAUUGGGCUUGAGACUCUGGUUUGUAGGAGUCUUAACGAGUCCCUUUCACGGCCUCAACUAGCCACAGUUCAAGCUGGCCUGCUUCUCUCACAAAAACCUUCGUUCUUCACACCCAGGUUGGUGGCCCAGCUGGUAACAGCAGGGUUCGAUUUGGGUCUGCACCAAGACUGCUCUAGCUGGCAGAUACAAAGUUGGGAAAAAGGGUUGAGGAAGAGGUUAGCCUGGGCUCUAUAUAUGCAAGAUAAAUGGUGUGCAUUGGUGCAUAGCCGACCGUCACAUAUAUUCGCAUCCGACUGGGCAGUAAAGGACCUAAUCAUAGAUGAUUUUGAAAAUACCACACAUUCAGCAGCUUGCACUGCUUCUCUUGUUUCUCUCCCCAUUCAUUCAUCGCCCUCUAAUCAUGAGUUUGGGUGUCUGUUCUUCUGUCAGCUCGUCAAGCUGACUCGCAUACUAUCCGAUAUCAUCGAAUCGUUCUAUACCCUCGAAGCCACCCAACAAUUAUCUGCAUCCCGAGAGAACCGUAUCUAUACCAUCCUAUCGAAGGCGAAACCCCUUCAAAUUCAGCUAAAGGACUGGUUUGGCCAAUUGCCUGCUGAUUUGAAAGUAGACGCUGAUUGCGGCGUGGAAGCUGGCUCAAGUGGUGGCAUACAUCUGGCCUAUUUUGCAACAGAAAUCAUGCUUCACAGAUGCAUUGUUCGGUCCAUUUCGCCUGAGACAGCCGAUCAGUAUCUUAUACAUAUAUGUCGAUCUGCGGCAAAGACCCGUCUCAUAUCUGCCAUGGAGUUCGUAAACCGACUAAGACCCAUUCAUUUACGAGCAUUCUGGCCUGCAGCUGCAAAGAGUAAUUUCGCUCUCAUCGGUGCAUUCGGGGUCUUACUGCAAACCACAGCACCGACCCAGGAGGAGGAGGAAUUCUACAGAGCCCGGUUACGGGAAUAUCGAUGGACCUUGAGCGCCAGCCGGAAAGAUGCAGAGUUUUUGGACUUUGCUAUAGAUAGCCUUGACGGGGUGGCCAAACUUAUACGCAACGAACCUCAAAAGCCGGCAUUUCAAAAGCCCAUAGACCACUUGAGCCUCUAUCGUUCGCCGAAUGCGGGCUUCAUUGACCGUCGGUACGGCCGGCCUGGUGUCCAUCUCCGCGGGCAGUCUGUGGCGCCCAGCCAUACGUCACAGCAGGGAGAUGGAUAUUAUGGCUCUGAUGAGUACGAAAAUCUAUCAGGAUGUGCCGGGAUGCAUCCUCGAUUUAGCCUCCCAACUGCAAAAUCUGGCUUGGUAUCUCCAGCUGCCUCAGCUUCGAGUGCCAGCAUCAUACGUAGGCGCUCACAGGGCAAUGGCUCCCUGAUGUCUAGAUCUGCUACAUGA